AUGAGUCAAAGAACAGGGAGUUUCCCGAAAAGAAAAGACGAAGACUAUAGCAGAAAGACAAAAGGUUCAAGGCAGCUAUUUAACCCUAGCUUUGAUAAUCCUAUUGCAUUUAAUAAGAAACCCAAUUUUGAACCUCCUGUCAUCAUUAAGAAAAGAGAUAAACCUACAACAACAACAACAGCAACCAACACUACAAUUAAUAAUAAUAAUAAUAAAGCACCUUCCAAAGAAACUCAAGCACAAGAUGCAAAAAGGAAAUAUUGGAAACGACUUAUUACAUCUAUACGAGAACAUGAGCUAAAAAUAGAUGCACUUGCCAAGACCUCCAGUCAAUUAGCUUGCUUUCGUGAAGAACAACAACAAGAAGAAGAGAUAUGCUCAAGAACGGAGAUAGCUCCUCAGCCCAAGAUACCGGUUUCUAUUACCGAGCAGGAUCUUCAGGACGCACUCGAUGUCUGGAAACAAAAAAUUGAGCUUCAUUUAGCACUGGCUGGAGCCUAUUUGAAGAUAUUUGAAUGUGAUAUAGAAUACACUGAGAAAAAGAGCCUAGAAAGUCUUUGCUGGAAGCGCGCCAUUUAUAGCCUUGUCAACCAAUUUAGAAUUGCUAUUAAAAGAUAUCCAGUAAAAGAAGAUGGUUCCCCUGCCAUGGACGUGGAAUGGCGAGAAGAACUGCUAUUAGAAGUCGAUGGUGACGACGAUGAUCAUCAGAUACCUGUGUUAAACAAAGAUGGAAUGAUGACAAUGAAAAAAAUUGAACCUAAAGGAAAAGAAAACGGACAGUCUAAAGUUGAAAAGAAGUAUGGAUCUAGUCUACUUGGUCUCUUUCUCGAGUAUUUGGAUCGAGUAGAUGCAUUUUAUCAACAGGUCGCUCAAUUCCUAAAGAGUACUGAGCCAGAUCAAGAAGAUCAUAUACAUUCCUACCUCAACCAGUGGAGACGAACAAAAGGCUACAGAUGGUACCGGACAGUGCCUCUUCGUGGUGAUAUUGCCAGGUACAGGUGGACGUAUAUUCCAGAUGAAGGACUUGGCCACUGGUCUCGUCAACAAGCAUUUGAAGAGGCUUGGACAUGGUACUUUCUCGGUAUCUGGCUUAUGCCUGCUAGAGGGAACUUGUACUUUAACCUCUCCUUACUACUUCAGACCAAGACUAUAUCUACCGGAUAUGAUUUUCAUAAGCUCUAUCUUAGCACACGUAGUCUCAUGGUACGUAAAAAUAGCUUUUUAAAUGCAAGAGAGGGCAUGUUGGCACUGUUUGAAGGCAAUCGACGCUGGAUGAAUAAGUUUAUAAAGUCAAAGCAAACGAAAAAAGACAAGAAAAAGCAAUUACAUCAAACUAUAGAUCAAGGCUAUCACACGCUUGUACCUGGUCUGUUUAUCAAACUUUAUGGUAUGCUGUUUACCAAAAUUGGACUUGACGAGUUUUCAAAGACUAGGAGGUUGUUUUUUGAUAACCUGUUUCCAAGAACUAUAACACAUUCCAUCAACAUCAAUAGUCAAAAUAUCAUCAAGCCGUUGCCCUCUGAUGACAACUUUUUAUCAGCUGCAGAACUAUUUUGGCUGGAGACAGCCAUACUCUGCUUGUCAUCCCUCUACAGCUCCGAUUAUUCAAAUUCAAAACUCACAAAGGCCAUUUCUGACUAUCAUCAUUCCAUGUUUAACAAGACAAGUGCUUCAGAGGAUGGCCGAAUGAUUCAGAGGCUUCAAGACAAUGUCCUGUUUGCUUAUGCUAUAGACAUGUCUUGUCAAAUUGCUGUAGAGUGUUUUAGAAGAUGCCUUGAUCCAGAGCUACCACGUAUACAAACACCUGCUCUACCACAGUUACCCAAUAUACCUCUUCGAUUGAAUGAUGAGUUUCUGUUUGGAGACAGGACAGCAACGCCCAACUCAGCAACACAAGAACAAGAAAGACAAAGGACAGAAACAGAUUCUUGGUUUAUCUAUAUCGAGAUAUUACUUCAAUGGAUUGUUCUAAAUGGCGUUUGCUUGCGUAGCAAUAACAUGCCUUCGUUCUGGGAACGACUGAUUAGUGAUAUAGAGUAUGACCUUAUCUCAAGAGAAUCCAGAUUACACAAUGAUCGCUAUCAGUCCUUAAUAUCGCCUGCGUUCUGGCCACUUUUGGUUCAGUUUCUAAAUCAUCUGAUUUCUCAACUACCUCACGAACUUCUUCAUGAAGUGCUGAAUAAGCAUUUUGUUGAUGAAGAGGAAGAUGAUCAGCAUCAAGAAAAGACAAAAGAAAAUGCGAGCAAAGAAGAACGACAACUUAUGUUGGACAUUCAAAAGUUUCUGGGAGACACGCCUAGUCUUCCCGAAGAACAUCAUCUAAGAGGUCUAGGUUGGAUAGAUGAGGCUUUUGGUCGCGUGCUGAAAUUAAAUGAAGGUAAAGCAAAAGCAGAACAUUAUCCAGAGGGGCUUGAUACGACAAUGCGACGAAAGAUAAAGAUUAUAGAUUAUGGUUUUAUAUUAGUCAAGCAUUUGAAAGAUAUUUUAUAUUAUGAUCCUGUCGAUCAAGCCAUCAUUGUUCCUUCCUCCGUCAAGGAACGUAUAGUAAAUCGUGUCUAUAAGGAGCAAGAAAAAGAUAAAACAAUAGAAAGUCUGUAUGACGAUGAAGAGGAGCAAGAAGUACCCACGAUUGUUGCAGAAAUGGAUGAUGAUGUGCUAUUGUCGACUGAUAAAACAGAUUUGAGCGAUGAGGAGGAAGAAGACGAUAUGAUGACGCAAUUGAAGAAACGAAGAGAGCAGUUACAAUCUAUGAUCACAGCCGAUAUCGAAAGCAAUUACUAUCGUCGACUGCCAGCACGGGCAAAGGAAAGAGAGAACAGAUUGAAUUACUUGCGUGAGCGUAUUCUUCCUGAUAAAACAGUGCUGGUACUUGAUACAAACUGCUUUAUUGGCCACCUUGAACAUAUCAGAAAACUCAUUGCGUCCGAAAAAUGGUCCAUCAUUGUUCCUCUUGUUGUCAUUACCGAACUGGACGGACUUGCGAUCAACACACAGAGGCUAGGUACUAUGGCUGGGGAAGCUAUUAAGCUGAUCGAGUCCACAUUAGCAACAAAAUCCAAAAAGAGCAACCUGCUUCGAGUACAGACAUCGCAUAAUAGCUUUAUGAACAACAUCUCUAUCCGCUCUGAGCAGUUUGUGUUUGGUGAAAGUGAUAAAAACUUGGAUGACUUGGUUCUUUCCUGCUGUCUCUGGUGGAUUUCACAAAAGAAACAUUGUGGCGAUGUUGUCCCUGUUUGUUUAGUUACAGGCGAUCGUAACUUGAGUGUGAAGGCCCGUGCAAGAGAUGUAGAAGUGGUACCCGUGUCUGCCAUUAUGAGAUUAACUCCUAAAUAA